AUGCAGCUCCUAUCUCUUUUCUCUUCUAUUGCACUCCUGUCGGCGCUAGUCGCAUCAUCUCCGGUGACAGACUUCAAGAAGGUCUCGAUCCGUGCUGAUAGAGGUAGUCACGUUUAUCCCGGACUCGCAGACCGUAAGAAGGCGAUAUUGGGCGCUGGCGGCAACACUCGUGACUUGGCUAUUGCGAUGCUGGAGACAAACACCAUGACCACCAAUUACACCUAUGGUGAUGGAAAGACAGGCGAUGGCACGAACUUCGGAAUCUUCAAGCAGAAUUGGUUCAUGUUGAGAACUUCUGCAUCUGAGUUCCUUAACGAGACCACAGAACAGGUCAAGGACGGUGCCAUUCUCAACUCUGAUCUCGGCAAGGACAUCAAAGCUCGCCACGAAGGAGAGGAGCACUACGGGUAUGAAAUCUGGUUUAGCGGCCACCGCAAUGGAGCAACAGGUGUUCAGAACCCCGGUACAGCUGAUAUUAAGACAUACAUGGAGGGCGUUGCUUGGAUCCAGGAGCAGAUUGAGAGUGACCCCAAGUAUCAGACUGACGAUACUCGCUUCUGGGUCAGUGUCACUGCUAUUUAG